AUGCUUAAGAGGGCCAUUAGUUAUAUCUGGAAUGCAGAGAAGACCCAAGUGGCUCGUUCUAUGGAAUAUGAAAGGUGGUCAAAAACACAAUUAAUAGAGAAAAUCAGAGAAUUAGAAUCUAGAAAUGAAAAUGAAACAGCUAUGACUAACGAUAAUAGUGAAAAUAACGAUAUUAAACCCGAUGAGAAGAAUAACAAACGUUUAAGUAAAAACAAACCUAAGGAGUUUGAUUUUUCAAAAUAUAACAAGCGUUUUAUUGCAUUAAGAUUUGCAUAUGUAGGAUGGGACUACAACGGGUUGAAUUUCCAGUACGAACCAACACCAUUACCUACUGUUGAAGAAGAAAUAUUGAAAGCGUUAGCGAAAUCUAAGUUGAUAACACAAGUAGACCCCGCUUGCUGCAAUUUCAGUCGUUGUGGUAGAACUGACAAAGGUGUGAGUGCCAUGAAUCAAGUAAUUUCUUUAGAUGUAAGAUCAAAUUUGAUACCAGAAGAUCAGCUUUCUAGCAGUAAUGAUGAUAAGGAGUUGCCGUAUCUUGCUAUAUUGAACUCCUUAUUGCCUACUGAUAUUCGGAUCACAGCUGUUUGCUUGAGGCCACCGCCUAAGUUUGAUGCCCGUUUCAGUUGUUCUUACAGACAUUAUCGUUAUAUUUUUAGAAAAUAUGAUUUGGAUUUAGACUUGAUGCAAGAGGGUGCUAAAAGAUACGAAGGAGUUCGUGACUUUAGAAAUUUCUGUAAAAUAGAUGGCUCUAAGCAAAUUACUAACUAUAAGAGAGAAGUUCUUAGUGCCAAUAUAAUUCAUCUCCGAGAUGAUUUCUACAUAUUUGACUUGAAAGGGAGUGCAUUCUUAUGGCACCAAGUUCGUUGUAUGAUGGCAGUUUUAUUUGCAGUGGGCCAGAAAUUGGAAGCUCCGUCGAUUAUAGAUGAUUUAGUGGAUGUUGAAAAAUUCCCUGGUAAGCCAUCGUUUGAAAUGGCCAAUGAUGUGCCACUUGUGUUAUACGAUUGUGUGUUCCCAGAAAUGGAAUGGUUGGAUAUUCAGCACUUCAAAAAUAAUACUGGAAAAAUCUUCAAAGAUAAUGCAAAUAUGAGAGGAUUGGUAUUUGACUAUGAUGUAAAGGCACAUAUUGUAGAAAUGAUGCAAAGCUUCUCUAGUCAGGAUACUACCAACUUAAAAUCUUUACCCGGGUCAGGACAUAUUAAUGUUGGAGAUGGCGUAGGUCGUAAUUUCAGAAAGUAUGUACCAAUAGCUAAAAGAGAACUAGCCGAAACAUUCGAGCUGGUCAAUUCUAGAUAUACCGAAAAGAAGAAGCGUAAGCUUCAACUGGCUACUGAGUAG